UCUCUGUUUUGAAACCUACCUUUUUCAAUAACGAUAAUUUUAUCUAAAUGUUGAUGUUAUUUUAAUUAUAUAUAGAUAACUUUUGCGCUCUUCGAUAUUACAUAUAUAUUUAGUGGAACGCUCCUUCUCAUCCACGUAAGUGAAGCGAAGUGAACGGCGUCCCUGAUGAGCUGCACCUGAGGCCGCAGUCGCCGAUAAGACGCAUCCCGGUUCGACAUUUCGACCGCAGUCCCAGUGCGGACUUCACCGCUCUACACAAAUAGGUUCCGACGGAUAACUUUGUUGGACCGGGACCGCCAUGACGCCUCAGCAGCAGCAGCAGCAGGAGCUCGCCUGGUUAAAAAGCCGCAACAUCACCCAGAAACUCCUCCUGACUUUUAAACUGAUGCAGCUUGAAAAUGCCAGAAUUACUUUGGAGAGAGAACUUCGUGACUUCACUGCAAAGGCGUCAGAAGAUGUCAGGGACUUCAACUCCUCUCUCUUCCCCAACAUGUUCAGUGACAUAGAAAAAGCUUUGGAUAUGAAACAUGAAUUCAUUCAAAAACUCUCUGCUCUUUUACCCAAAUCCACUGUUGGUAGCGGCAUGUGUCUCGAGCCUUAUAACUCACUGAAAAUGGACCUCAGUCAAAUGUGCCUCACUGUUUCGCCCUCAUUUAAAAAGUCCAUCUCAAAGGCCAAUCUGCUUCUUGGCACGACGGUUUCCCUUCCACCCGUGAAACGUGUCUUUUACAUCCAGUCCACUGACUUGCAGAACCGAGGAGUUGUUUCCAGAUGCACUGUGUCUGCGGCCACUUCACAAUCCAAACCUGAAGAGAAGGAACGCAGCGCUGCAGAGAAGAAGUCGCAGCCAGACCUCGUUCAGGUUUCUCUGAAGAGUCGGAGUUCUGACGUGAGUUUGGACUUGGUGCCGGACACAUCCCCUGAUGGGGACCCACAGGUUAAAGAUGCUGAACCUUUGGAAGCGCAUCACCUGGGCAGCUGGAGGAGUGCAGAUGCUGUGGAGGUGCAACACCAAAUACAGACUUCUGGUCAGCUCUUGCGCUUCUUCAAAAACUAUGCUAAGACAGCAGCUCCCCUCACUGUUGUGGAGCGGCAUCAGCCCAAAUGUGGUCGGAACGCAGACGCUGUGGAACCAGAACCCUCUUUCAUGGAAACCCAAGGCCCUGUUUUCAGAGUCAAGGGAGCUGAGUCCACUGGCGUCCUGACCUACUCCUGUGUGAUCGCAACAGCCACAGAGCUGUGGGAUGUCAUGGACGUCAGUACAGACGCGAGACAAAGCGGCUUGUCCGACUGUAAAAGUGAACGUAGCGAUGACCUUCCACACACCUGCCCCUUCUCAUCUGAGGUCACCAUACCUGACUUUGUGAUCAGGAACUUUGAAGAGACCGAGGUUGUAGUUUCCCACCUUGUGAAUCCUGGACACUUCUACAUCCAGAACGUGGACUUUGCAACCAAAGAUCAGUCGCUCAUCACCAGCUCCUUCAAGCCCAGCAGCUCCUACGCGGAGCAGAACUGCACACCUGACAUUGGAACCAAGGUGAUGUGUUGGUUCCCUGAACAAGAACAAUGGUGCCGGGCUCAGGUGACAAAGAUUUGUGGAGUCACUCAAGGUGGCAGAGGGAAGGGGCGUCUGGAUGAGAGUGCAGUGAUAGUUGAAGUGAGGAGGCUGGAUUAUGGUGAUACUUCCUGUCUGCCACUGUGGGACGUCCAGGCCCUGACCUCAGAUGUGGCCACUCUGCCACUUCAGGCACUCCAAGUGUCACUGGCCAAUGUGGCUCCUGUAAAUGGGACUGACUGGUCUGAAGAAGCAGUGGACUGGUUCAGAGAAAUCACCCGCAGCAGAAUAUUCUUUGCCAGAUUUUACUCGAAGAACUCUGGUGUUACUGUGGAGCUUUUCUUGGAAAAAGGAAAUUUAGGUGCCAUGAGGAGAGGACCCUCACUGUCGUUACGACUGGCCCAGAAUGGACACGCCACUCACAUCCUGCUGAAGAAUGAAAGACAUGUUAAAAAAGGUCCCCAUCUGGAGGAGGAAAGGCGACAAUCCGAAUGGGAGAAGUGUCUCAUAUCUCGUUACAUUCAACGAAAAGUCCAGAAACUAGAGCACUCGUACCACUGUCAUGACUUGAGUCCUACAGCUCAAGGUUACCUGCUGUUCUUAGCUUUGCUGGAACUUACUGUGGACCCAGAUGCUCUGGAGUCGAAAAUGAACUGGGGGUCCUUUUAUGCCGUCAUCAGCGGCGUAAACAGGCACUCGACCGGGAUCGGUCGCAUCUGGCUCUCCGUCAUCUUCAUCUUCCGAAUCCUGGUCCUGGUGGUGGCCGCCGAAAGCGUUUGGGGCGACGAGAAGUCCAGCUUCGUCUGCAACACCCAGCAGCCCGGCUGCAACAGCGUCUGCUACGACCAGUUCUUCCCCAUCUCCCACAUCCGGCUCUGGGCUCUGCAGCUCAUCCUGGUCUCCACUCCGGCUUUGCUGGUGGCAAUGCACGUGGCCCACCGCCGCCACGUCGACAAGAAGACUCUGAGGAGGACUGGCCGCGGGACCCAGAAGGACAUCGAAUACAUCAAGAACCAGAAGUUCCAGAUCACUGGAGCUCUGUGGUGGACCUACAUGAUCAGCAUCGUCUUCAGAAUAGCUCUGGAAGUCGCCUUCCUCUACAUCUUCUACUUGAUCUAUCCGGACUUCAAGAUGGUGCGUUUGGUCAAGUGCGACUCCUACCCUUGCCCCAACACCGUGGACUGCUUUGUCUCCAGGCCGACGGAGAAGACUAUAUUCACCGUCUUCAUGCUGGCGGUGUCUGGCGUCUGCGUGCUGCUCAAUAUUGCUGAGGUGGCCUAUCUGAUCGGACGGGCCUGCAUCCGAUGCUACCACGGCUCGAGGGCAGAUGCCAAGCCGGCGUGGAUGGGCCCUCUGACUGGCAUGACUAAAUCCAUCAGCUGAGAGCUCUCCUGUGUCCUGGCCCAGGUUUGGCUUCCUCCUCCUCAGCAUCUGCUUCACAUUGUCACGUGUAUGUCCUGUAGCAUUGUCUGGGAUUUCACCCUCCUUCUCUCCGUCUAUCACUAUUGAGUCCUGAGGAAUCUGAAUUGGGAAGUCGGUGCUUUUCAAAAAUGUGUUUCUCUCCCGCAUUUGGUCCAAUUUUGGACAGAAAUACAGACUAUUCAUCGUUUAUUCAGUUGACACAAGCAUGUGAUUUCAUUCGACGGCUAAACUUUGGUGUGUUUCAUGCUU